UCCCCCUCCACCGCCGCCGCCGCCGCCCCCACCUGUCCUCUAGCUCUAUCCCACCUUCAAUUCUUACAGAGACAUGGCUGAAGAUGAGAUCGACGCUGAGCUCGAAGAAUCUACUUCAACGGCUAUCCCUUUUCAGCUCCAGUUUGAAAAGCCAAUCCCUUCGCUGAUUAAGAUUGCGGAAUGGAAUCCAGAGAAGGAUUUGCUUGCUAUGGUCACUGAAGAAUCCAAGGUCUUCCUCCAUCGAUUCAAUUGGCAAAGGCUUUGGAUGAUCUCUCCAGGGAAAUGUGUUACAUCUCUUUGUUGGCGUCCUGAUGGCAAAGCAAUAGCUAUAGGCCUAGAAGAUGGCUUGAUCUCACUGCAUGAUGUUGAGAAUGGAAAGUUGUUACGGAGCAUCAAGCUACACAAUGUGGCUGUUACUUGUCUUAAUUGGGUGGAAGAUGGGGAAUUGAUGAAGGUAGACCGUACUAUGCGCUUCUUUCCACCCCCUCCUAGGAUCCCUCGGAUGCCUGGACUUGUUUCUGGUGACAAUGGACUUAUGGAUGAUCCAGAAGAUCUAUUUCAAGAUCUUUUAGAUUCUUCACAUCAACAUUUUAACAUCCUUUGCAGUGGAGAUAAGGAUGGCUUUAUUUGCUUCAGUAUAUUUGGAAUUUUUCCAAUUGGGAAGAUUAACAUUCACACGCUCAAGCUCUUUUUUCAAAAUCGUUUUCUUGAACUGUCUACAUACGAAUUGGCAAAUGCAUCUAUUCAGAAGGUUGCCUUUUCAAAAAAUCUUCGUGAACUGGUGGUGGUUAGCUUUGGAGAAUUGUCUGAGGAAAUCUGUACAGAAAAAGACAAGCGUACAGACGCACAUGAAACAGCUCGACUUGCGAAAUCCACAUUCAACAAUGCUCCUUUGGUUGGACUGCACUGUUUUCUUCUCGAUACAUCUAUAUUUUCUAGUAGGAAAAUUGAGCUUCAUAAGGUGGCCGUGCAGGGUUCAAAUAUUGAAAAUUUGUUAGAGGUCGUCCGUACAUCCCUAUCAGUGAUGUCCAAGCACUGGUCUGGUGCCAUGAAUUCAUUUCAUGACAAGUUUGACUCCUUGGCUACUUUGAUUGAAAGCCAUGGGCUGGAAUCAAGUCCACAGGAUGAGUUUUUAAGCCUCUUAUUUGGUGCACGAACAAGUCCCCCACUUCAUCAGUUUCUUGUUAACUCACUUGGUGAAUCGGGUCUAAAGCGUGUGGCUAAGGCCCUUGACGGCGCUGGGAAGGAGCUGCAUCUGAUUGUACGUGAACAUCUUCAGCCUGCAGUAGAAAUUAUUGGAUUUAGAAUUGGAGAACUAAGAGGCUUAUCAAGAUGGCGUACACAAUACGACACUGUUGGACUGAAUGAAAAACUUAUCAAUGAUGCGACAGAGCAUGCUGGAAUAUUUAUGGUGCAGGUCGAGCGAUUUCUGAGGGUUCUAGCAAUUAUGAUGUACCAGUUCCAGAAUUUCUUUAAUUGGCUAUCUAAAUGUAUAAGGAUACUAUUGUCGGAACCGACCGAUCAGAUCCAACCAGUCAAUAGUGAACUUGUCGUGAUAUUCUUGAAGUUUCUUUUUGACCAUGACCCGGUUGGUCAACUGUUGGAGGUAUAUGAAGUAAACCACAGUAUUGAAGUUGACAUCAGAGAUACAAUGCAACGAGUUGAAGAACUUGUUGCAUUUGGCGGAUUUUCUGAUACCAAGUUCCUGCAUAGGACUCUAGCUAAAGAGUUCAAUCUAUUAGAGGAAUGUUUUAAGGAAGCAUUUUUUAUGCCAUCUAGCACUGUUUCCUCGAAGAUACGUUGCAAAGACUUUCUGCCAUUAUUUCCCUCGUCUCCAGUUUCAUUUUCAUCAUUGGAUGUUCCCAUAUCAGUUUUUUACUACAAGGGUGUCAAUCAUGCUGCUUCUAGUGGUCAUACACCUGAACAUAAUCUUAUGGAUUAUAUAUGUUUCACAAUACCUGACAAAUCCUUGGAUAGAAUUAAUUGCAUUGGCAUAGUAAGGGGGUUUACUGAUGAUUCCAGUUCAGCUUCAAAGGUAGCACAUUCUGUAGAAGUUGUUUUCCUAUGUAUACCUGAGGGACACGACUGCAUUGACCUGUCCCUAUAUAAGGAAACUCAGCUUGUUUUAUUGCUGAAUGAAGCAAGCUCUUCAGCUGAUGGUACUGGAAGAUCUUGGAUGAUUAUGAUUCAAUUAAGUGAUCUAUCUUUUACAUUGGUAUCAAAGCCAUUAUUUGCAAAUCUCUGGAGGUUGCAUGAACUGAAGGCCUCGGCUACUGACUUGCAUCUGGACAGCGGGAAAGUUCGCUGCGUUCCACACACUGUGACCAAGCCAUUAGCAGUUAGUGCUUCCAGAGGUGUCGCUUGUCUCUUUUCAUCGCGGAGGCAUGCUUUAGUGUAUAUUCUUGAUGAAGACGAGGAAGAGGCUUCUGAUACUGAGGGAGGCCAAUAAUUCCUUCGACUUAAAAUAGAGAGAGAAUUAUGCAUUCAGAGGAGUUAUCCAUGGAAUUUGCACUGUGAAAUUGCUGAAUGAGUCUCAUUUCUUGCGAUAGAUGGGAAGCACCAACAGAGGUUAUUUAAGUUGCUGAAUUGAGAAUUUACUAUUCCCUGCGGUGACUGCAAGCUAUAAGUUUAUACAUCAUUUUGUUUGGUAGAAGCGUUUGCUGGAGAGAAAUACAUCGAAGCUGAUCGUAUGCCUCUAUGGAUGACCCUCAUGGUUCAUUAGCAGUGGUUCUUCAAACAUGGGCAUCCCUUCGUACGGCUUCUCUAAUGUUGACCUAUUACUGUACUUCUCUGUGGUUCACAAUGAAUAGUGUUGUGCUGAUCUUAAAUGUGUGCUGAAGGAAUGCCCUCUGAUUAACUGAGGGGAACGGGUUUUCUUCAGCUUGUCAUUAGCAUGCAGCAAACGAACUGGAAUUUUUGCUAGAUGUUUUAUAUUUGUAAGGGGGAGCUGGAUGUCUUCAAUGCCUUGGUGGAAAAGUAACUAUCGUUGAAAACCAAGGAAUGAACUACUUUUAUGUGUUGGUUUUCUACUGAUUUGAUGUGCAACAGUUGGUUGAAAGCCUUAAGAAAAACUGUAAAUUUUGGACACGCGUUGAGCGGCUUGAGCGGCCAAGUGAUUGUGCAUCCAGAAAUACUAAGUGAUUACUUAGUUGAGCAGCUUUGGCUUAAUAAGAUGAGCUGAAGCUUCUAUA